AUGGCGAGUGCUACGGGUGUUCCGGAGCGUUUUCCCUCAAUCGAGGGUCUAUCUGCUAGAGAAACCGAGCCUCUGCUUGGACGCCCCGGCGAUGCUGCGCAAGAAGAUGGUGUACCCUUUGCUAAAAACCUUGUGCUUGGUACUGGAAUAGUCGCCCAGUUGGGUGUUGUUCUACUCACUAUUCUGAUCUGGGCAAGCGUUCUCUCCAAGCCCUUGAUCCUCUUCUCAGCCCACCCACUGCUUCAAUCGCUUGCUGUCCUCACCUUGGCACAGUCUGUUCUGAGCUUACAGCCUACGCAUACAGCUGACCAGAAGCGCACUGGACAGCGCGUACACGCCAUCCUCAACCUUGUGGCCUUUUUGAUGCUUGUAGCUGGCGUAACCAUUAUUGAGUACAACAAGUUCUCGAACAACGGCCCUCACUUUCACUCCGUCCACGGCUACCUUGGCGUCAUCACUUCUGUCAUCCUCCUUCUCCAGUAUGGCGUUGGCUUCACCAUGUGGGCUACCCCAGCUUUGUAUGGAGGCGAGAACAAUGCCAAGGCUGUCUGGAAGUACCACCGCUGGAGCGGAUACACAAUCUUUGUUCUCCUUCUGGCUACCGUGGUCAGCGCUGUUGAGACCGACUUCAAUCACAACGUGCUGAAGAUGAAACUCUGGGCCGUUAUCUUGCUGUCUGUCAUAAUUCUGGUGGGAGUCGUUCCCCGGAUCCAGAAGCAAAAGCUUGGUUUUCGAGGCCCUACCACAACUUGA